GCUUGAGAACACGUCCACACCUAAUGGUCAUCAUUGGCCGGCCGGUUAGGCCAUUUGGUUUGUGCGGAUCUUUGCUCGCUCAAGUAGUAUUAAAUUCAAUUACCAGCCCAAGAUGGUUGCCGCUGAUACUGGUGCCGCCGUCUACGAUGCGGCCUUGAAGCGUCGCCAGAACCUAAUGGGUGCCUCCGGGCCCGCGGCUCUAGUAAAGAAUUUGAGAGUUUUCAGUAUUGCUGCGUUCGCGUGUAUUGGUGGUGUCCUGUACGGAUACAACCAAGGCAUGUUCUCUGGUGUAUUGGCCAUGCCGUCGUUCCAAACCCACAUGGGCGAAUACGAUCCCCUCGAUCCUAACGCCGAUCAGACAAAGAAAGGUUGGCUCACUUCCAUUCUGGAACUUGGAGCUUGGAUUGGUACCUUGCUUUCAGGCUUUCUUGCUGAGGCUAUUUCCCGAAAGUACGGUGUCCUAGUUGCGACAACUGUGUUCAUACUUGGGGUCAUUAUCCAGGCUACUGCCCAGAGUGGCGGACAUAAUGUCAUCCUUGCAGGACGAUUCGUGACAGGUAUGGGAGUUGGAAGUCUUGCCAUGAUCGUGCCCAUCUACAACUCGGAGGUGGCCCCACCAGAAGUUCGCGGAGCGCUUGUUGCCUUGCAACAGCUAGCCAUUACCUUUGGAAUCAUGGUAAGCUUUUGGAUCGACUUUGGCACAAACUAUAUUGGCGGCACAGAUGUGUCGACACAGUCAGAUGCAUCAUGGCUAGUUCCUAUAUGCCUGCAAAUCGCCCCGGCGGUGGUUUUGUUCGUAGGAAUGCUUUUCAUGCCAUUUUCUCCUCGAUGGCUGGUCCAUCACGGCCGAGAAACCGAGGCACGAAAGAUUUUGGCCAGGCUCCGUGGCCUGCCCGAGAACCACGAACUGGUUGAGCUGGAAUUCCUAGAGAUCAAGGCGCAGUCUAUGUUCGAGAAGCGCACCAUCGCGGAACAUUUCCCUCACCUGCGCGAGUUGACAGCUUGGAAUACCUUUAAACUUCAGUUCGUGGCUAUCAAGUCUCUGUUUCAGACAAAGGCCAUGUUCAAGCGUGUGAUUGUUGCCACAGUCACAAUGUUCUUCCAGCAGUGGACGGGUAUCAAUGCAGUUCUGUACUACGCACCCUCUAUUUUCGCUCAACUUGGUCUUACGGCUACUACAACUGGACUUCUGGCUACCGGCGUUGUCGGCAUCGUCAUGUUCAUCGCCACAAUCCCCGCUGUUCUCUACGUUGAUCGCGUAGGAAGGAAACCUGUGCUUGCUGUGGGUGCCAUUGGCAUGGCUCUGUGUCAUUUCAUCAUCGCUGUCAUUGUCGCCAGGAAUUCGAACCAAUGGGCCACUCAGGCUGCAUCUGGUUGGGCUGCCGUGGUAAUGGUCUGGCUCUUCGUCGUCCACUUCGGGUACUCCUGGGGACCGUGUGCUUGGAUUUUGGUCGCAGAGAUAUGGCCAUUAAGCACCCGUCCGUACGGUGUCUCUCUUGGAGCCUCGAGUAAUUGGAUGAAUAACUUUAUUGUCGGUCAAGUUACGCCAGACAUGCUUCAGACCAUCGGCUAUGGUACUUACAUCCUCUUCGGUAUUUUGACCACUAUCGGCGCCGGGUUCAUCUGGUUCUUCGUGCCGGAAACCAAGCGUCUGACAUUGGAGGAAAUGGACGUGAUAUUCGGGUCGGAGGGAACUGCUGCGGCUGACUUUGAGCGUAUGGAGGAAAUCAACCGCGAAAUAGGACUCACGUCGAUCCUCCAAGGCAUGGGCAGUGGGCACGAACAUGCAGUAUCAGAUGAGAAGAAGGCGAGCCUCGAAGAGAAGCAUGAGACCAUUUAGAAGCUCGGUUCCAGGCGCUGUGGCUCCGAGUUGAACGCUUGACGCGCUACUGUAGGUCGUUUCUGAAGACGUGCUUCCCGGUUU